GAGUCGUGCUUAGUGUAAAUACACGCGCCAGAAUUUUCCCAAAAAAUUGCAUAGAAGGCACGUACCAGAAUUUUCCUAAAAAAAUUGCAUAGGCGCUUAGUCGUAGGCUAGGGCUGGCUUAUUGACGUUGAAAUUUGGCUUCCUUUCCAGGUAUAUCACUAUCCCCUGUUUCCUUUGUAUUUCCUGAUACUUGUUCAUUGCUUGAUCAUUUAAUCGGUUGUUAGCAGAGGAGACCAUGAAUAAAAUCGGAAGAUCUGAGAAUGAGUUGUCGGAUUUCUUUUCGAUGUUGCCUGAAUCGCUUACUCAUCACAUAUUGUCAUUCCUUCCGUUCAAGGAUAUCGUCCGUACUUCAGUCUUGUCUAAGAUGUGGAGUCGCAUUUGGCUCAAUUACCCUAACAUCGAUUUGCUUUUGCAUGAGGAGGCUUACAUGGAUACACUACAUCGACGCUCUUUCUUAGAUCACAUUAAAUUAAUCAUGGAUCAAUGCAUUCUUCGAAAACCUUGCAUACAGAAGUUGCAGUUAAACGUUUUUGCCGGUAACCUGGAGGAGUUGGCCCCCAUUAUGGAUCAGUGGUUCAGGGCUGCAAUUGAGAGGAAUGUUUCUGAGCUAUUGAUUGAGAUGAAUUUUGGUGCAACCACUUACUAUAAUAUUCCCAAGGAAGUAUUUGUGUCUAAUUCACUAAAGGUUUUAGAGCUUCAGGGCUGCAAGUUUGAGGAUAGUUUUUCCUGCACUAGUCUUCCACAUCUGCAGAAGCUCAGAACUUUGCGGUGCCUGUUUGCCAGUGAGAAUGUCUUAUCCAACAUUUUAUGUGGCUGUCCUGAGUUGGAGUCUCUGGAAGCUUUAGUUUCUGAGGGCAUGAGCAGUUUUCUCUCGGUUUCAUGUAAACCUAGAUUGAAAUAUUUCGACAUCACGUGUCUCAACGAGCUCAAGAGGAUUGAGAUCUUUGUACCCAGUCUUGAGACGUUAAAAUGUAGUUACGUGUAUUCAUGUUCCAUUAACAUGGCUAGUUGCACUCUUCUCAAACAUUUGGAAUUAAACCGAGUUACCCUCUCUUCUGAUUAUGUUCCUAUUCAGUAUCUUUUAUCUAACCUUCCCCAUAUUAAAGAAUUGCAUUUGUCUAACUGCAAAUCCGAUGACAAAAUUCAAAUCUCAAGUUCUUGUCUCAAGAGACUUGUCAUGACCGAGUACGAAAACUUUCCUGGUGCUGAACUUGACAUCCCAAAUUUACUUAGUUUAGACAUCUUUUUGGGUGAAUGUAAUUCGACUAAUCGGUUCAGUUCUUGGAAUGUUCCCAAGGUAGAAGAAAUUCACAUGUUGUUGUCUGUUAAAAGCUUUCAGAGUGCUUGCAGGGGUGGACUGAAGGGGUUCCUAAUGCAGUUGCAACAUUAUGAAGAUGUGAAAUUGAUUAUACAGUGCAGAGGUAAACAGGAUCUAAUUAUACAUGAGAAACUGCACGCAGUUUCCUUUUCUUCUCUGAAUAAAUUCUUAAAAAAGGCAAAGGCAGAAUAUGUGGUCAUAUCAUCCAGAAGAGAUGAUUCAUUCUUGGCUAAUAUGCUGGUUUCAAAUGACGAUGUUAGUCUAUCCAUGAUAUGUUCUUCUCGCAGAAGCAUUGAGUUGCUGCACAAGAAAUUGAGCAAAUCAUCAACACUGAAAUAUUGGUAUAAGGAAUUUCAGCUGGUUUCUAUGGAGGAGAUAGAGCAUGAAGUGGACAGUGAUUGGAAACCCUUCAUGAAGACCCAUUCAACAGGUUACCACACUGCCAGAAUAAUCCUUAUCAAGAAGAGUAUGAUGGACAUGAUCCAUUCAAUGAAUGUUUCAUGUGUUUGAAAAAGCGCUAGGCGGCAGCCCCUGGGCCUAGAACCUAUUGCUGGGGAUGUUUAGUGCAGCGUGCUGCUUAUAUUCUCAUCAAUCAGACUAACACUGCGCUCCUGCAAUGACAAUCCAUUCUAAAAGGUGUUGAGAUUCUUUACCUUCUCUCAAAAUCAUGGGGCAGUGUUACAGGAGUGCAGUGAAUUGUGUAUAAAAUGGUGGGGCCGAUGUAGAAAUAAAAGUUGUCUCCAAAACAAUUGAGAGUUUCUUUGAAAUCUUUAAGAUAAAUUUUAAUUCAUUAUUCAUAUGAAUAAUGAUUGUUCAUCUUCC